AUGGCCGAGGCCGCGGGCUCUCCGAGCCGCCCCGCCGCGGGCAGGUGCGGGGCGAGCGGCGCGGCGCCGGCCCGAGCCCGCUGGCGUCUGCUCGGACAGGUUCUGAGGAAAAAGCACUUGAAAGAUGUGCAUCUCCAACAAGUAUCUGUAAGAAGGUUUGCAUCGUUCAAUCUCUUUUCAAUAGAAGACCAGAAUACAGAAGAGGAAACUGGGACCUGGGUUCAGUAUAGAAGCAUCUUUUAUCCCAAGUACAGUGUCUCCUUAAGGUUUCACAAUGGCCUCUUAAAUGUUAAAGAUGUUCUUACAAGUUUUGACAACACGGGGAAUGUCUGUCUCUGGCCAUCUGAAGAAGUGCUGGCUUACUACUGCCUAAAGCAUAAUGAAAUAUUCAGGGACCUUGCUGUGUGUGAGCUAGGGGGUGGCAUGACAUGCUUGGCUGGGCUCAUGGUUGCUAUUUCUGCAGAUGUCAAAGAAGUUCUGUUAACUGAUGGAAAUGAAAAGGCCAUCAAAAAUGUAAAUGAGAUCAUCGCAAGAAACAAAAAUGUCGGCAUAUUUAAGGCUCAGAAAGUGUCAAGCUGCAUUUUACGAUGGGAUAAUGAGACAGAUGUCUCUCAACUGGAAGGACAUUUUGACAUUGUUAUGUGUGCUGACUGCCUGUUUCUGGACCAGUACAGAGCUAGCCUUGUUGAUGCAAUAAAGAGAUUACUCCAACCCAGUGGAAAAGCAAUGGUAUUUGCUCCACUCCGAGGGAAUACUUUAAACCAGUUUUGCAAUCUAGCUGAAAAAGCUGGUUUCUCUAUCCAAAGACAUGAAAAUUAUGAUGAACACAUUUCGAACUUCCACUCCAAGUUGAAAAAUGAAGAAAAAGAUACAUAUGAGGAAAACCUCCAUUACCCUUUUCUUCUCAUUUUAACCAAACAGAGAUAG